UUCGCUGUUCAAUUGAUUGUCAUAAAGCUUGCUUAGAGUUAGUUACACUACUAGUCUAAGGGUCUGGAAACUUGAAGCGUGUCUCGAACAGCAGCGUAUCUCCGUGUACGCUGCUGUUUUACAGCUGAGUUCCUUGUUAAUAUCCGUGACAGAGCACUUAAAAGAAUGAACGAGUCAGCGCAGCGCAGCACAGCAAAGUACAGUGAAGUAUAGUACUGCGAAUGGCUCGGUGCGCUUCGGUGAGGCCUCCCGGGCGCCAGGUGGCGCCAAGUAUCUCGAAACGCCUCUGGGAGACGAGCGGAAGUAGAGGGAGCCCCGCUUUUACGUCAGAACCGUGCCGGGGCCUCCAGAGCAGUAGGUGGCGCUCGUCCCCAAGUGAAGACGCGCGAAGCCUGUUUGAAAGAGUUGGUGGGAAACGGCGCGAUGCACGACGAUGUGGAAUAAUAAUGGAUUUAACUGCAACGAAUUUCCACGAGCCUCUCCUUUCUGGAGAAAAUUGCUGUGAAGCGGACAUGUGAACCGCACGCGUCGUGCGUUUUGCAGAGGAAAGACACUGACUGAGGGUACGAAAAUCAUGGAUUCGUUUCUGCGGGAAUUUAAGGACAAAAACCGAGCGGAGCUGCUGUGGCUGCGUGCCCUGUACCAAUGCGUGGUGGGCCUCGUUGGGCCGGAGCCGAGCCCCCCGGCAGAGCACCGUGUGCUUCUGCUCGCGCUGGGUGCGGUCAGAGCUCUGCGGCAAACGCUGGGCUCCCAUUGCGACGCGCUGCCGCUGAGCUACAGGCCAGUGUCUGUGUGUGAACUGGUGAGGAGGCAACUCGUUCCCUGCUGCAGUCAACUGACCUGGAGCAACAGUCAGUACUGUGAGUGGGCCGCAGAUGCUGAGCGGCUGCAGCCCGAGGACGUGGCGCUACCACGGGAAAACCUUCUGCUCGUCGGUUAUAUCACUGACCGGGAAAUCGAGACGUCAGAGUGUGAUGGGAUUCUGAGAGCGAAAGAUGCAAAUGCCAGUGUUAACUGUAUGAUGAUCAGUCCCUCUCCGAUGUGGCUGGACCAGUUUGUGCUCUUCCCCAGUUGGAGUUUCAUUCCUCACAGGAGCUGUGGGCUCAUUCAGGACAUGAAAGGACACUUGGAAAUCGGUGCCUCUCCCAUCCCCCUUGUCCUCCAGGGUGCCUCUCAGAAUUUGCAAGGGACUUUUACUGACCUUCUGGGAGUCGGUGAAGCAGCCAGGUAUCUCCAGCAGAGCCAUAGGCACAGAGGAGUCCGUCUGCACGUGUGCGGUCAUGUUUCAGCUGUUUGCCCUCUGCUGGAAAUUGCCGGGAAGCGCCUUUUCUGCUUCUCUCUGAGGGAAGGGGAGAACAGCGUGCCUGUCGUAGUUCCAGAUUCAGGUCAUGUUUGCUGGGAACUGUUUUUGCAUGUUGGAGACCGUGUGUGUAUCUCGGGGCUGCGUGUCUGUGCAUUGCGAGCAUGGCAUAGCCAUAGGGUGCUUUGUGUCACCCCUGAGUCGCACUUGCGCACCCCGCAGACACCCCAGGAAACACACUCAGCAGGGAUUGAGACGUGUGUUCAACUGGAGACAUACACAGGUCCACGCUGUGCUGAGGAGUAUCUACAAACUCGCAGCAGAGCAAGGAGCAAAACCUCCCGGAUCAUCAGUUACAAGGGGGUCCUGACAAGGGUCCUGGAUGCUGAGGGGGGACUCUUUGAGCUUGACGGGAAGGUGGGGCUGUGUGUCGCCUAUCAGCCCCUUCAGGAAAUGGCCUGCAGCUUCAGACCUGGAGCUCAGAUCGAGCUCCACAACGCCCACUUCCUGCAUCGGCCGUCCCCCCAUGGCCCCGCCGCCCUGCUUUGCCUGUGUCUGCGCUCCAGCCUGCGCGUCACAGCCUUUAGCCGUGUGCAGUCGAAGCCGCUGGCCUGUCCCAGCCCCACCACAGCUCUGUUGCGGGUCCUGCUUCAGAACCAUCUGGGCAUCUCGCAGUACCUGUGGCUGUGCCACUGCGUGACAAUGCUGAAAGAAAGACUGUGCCCCCGCUGGAUACGAGCAGAGCGUGUCGCUGUUGUUGCAGGCAGGGUGCUCAGCUGUCUGCUGCCGCCUGACCCACACAGUUGGCAAUGCAGGAGGGACAUUUACAUGGAGAUGCUGGAAGAGCCACACAGCUGCCCUCUGUCUCAGUACAGAGAGAGUGACCCCCAAGUAGAUCUGCUGUCUGUGGAGCAGCUCCGCCUCUGGAUGGAGGCAGAGUCAUGGGCCUCGCUCUCCCUUCCAUCACUGCUGCCCCCAUCAGCCCCCCACCUCACCCGUGCCGAACUGAACCCCCUGCUGUCCUGGUCUGUUGACACCCGGGGAGCGUGGAGCCUACCCAUCCCCCUGGUCGUUGUUGGUGUGUUGGGGGCUUGUGUAAGGAGGGGGUGUUUGCAGCUGCGCGACCAAACAGGUUCAGUGGACCUUGUGGCUGUGGAGAGGAGAGGUGGUUCAUAUGGAGCGGUCAGCGACACAGCCUGGCUAGGUCGCUUGGUGUGUGUACAGCACCUCACCCUGGUCAUGGAGAAGUUUCUGAACACUGACUUCCCCUCAUGGACACAGUUGGACCAGGACCUCAUCACACAUAGGCACUGCAGAGUUUAUAUCCAGCUCUGCGUAGAUGACCUUCAGGUCCUCAGCCCUUGGAGCGGCACCAUGAGCUUCCGAGAUGCACUGCAACAGGAAGCGGGAGCAGCAGGCAACCAGGGGACCAGCAGAGACAGGAAGGGUAUGGGUGGAAACAGUGCAGGCAAGAGUGACAGGGAGCAGCCUGAGGAGCCUACCACUACAGGGGCGCGCCAACAGGACAGGAAGGAGAGAGCAAGGCAAGAGGAAGACGAGACACCAGCGCCUGCCAAGAAACCAAGGAGGGCUGACGACUGGAGCCACCUGGAACAGGAAGAGGACUGGAGCUCUGAAGCGGGGGGACAAGAACAAGAUCACAGCCUCCCCAGGGCUCAAAGGUCGCAUGUCCAAGUGCAGCAGAGGUCAGACACUACAGCUCCUAGUGCCUGUGUGUCUCUUGCGUUCUGUGUCGAGUCCAAGGACGGACUUACUUCCCAAAACAUUCACGCUGCAGCCGCAGAGACUGGACACUCUGUGUGUUUCCGAAUGUCCAUCGUGGUGCUUGGAGACGUUCAGCGAUGGAAAGAGAACCCCAGGAACUGUCCGCUGGAGUCGAGGGAGUCAGCAGGAGGUGCUCUGCCAAAGAUGGAUGUGCAGUUUGUGGGCAGCUCUGUCUGCUGGUUCCCGCUGCUGCACCCCGGCUCUGCGUACCGACUGGUUGCCCCACACACACAGGACCCUACACUGCUUUGUGGUACUCCAGUUUCAGUGAAACAAGGAGUUGUGCUUCACAGCGCCCCUUCUCUGCUGAUCCAGCCCCACUGGCGCUUUUACACACUGCCCCCUUCACCCAGACUCUCAGGGCUCCUGCAGGAAGCCCGACCCAGAAAACAUGCAAUUUUGUCUGUAUCCGAAGUCCUUUACUGCAGCACUCUCCUCGACUUGGUGUCCUUCGAAGGGCUCAUUUCCCAGCGGACACACCUGCAGCAGAAAGGGAGGACUGCAGGGCACCCCCAAAACCACGGACCCAAGGGACUACCUGUCAGUGUGAGGCUCACUGUGCAGGACUUGAGCUCACCUGGCCAGUGGAUCCACGUCUACCUGGAUCUCUCGGAGAGGCUGUACAUCCCAGGACUCCUCCCAGGAGCCAGAGUGCUCUUUUCUGCCUUUCAGUGCGUCGUGUCCAGGGUGAGAAAUGUUUACUGCCGCUCGGUUCCCCUCAGCUGCAUCACGGUGAACGCACUCGGUCAGGUGCACUGUCGGCAGGACCCCCCUGGACCUCGUCCCCCCACUGUACUCCUUGGCGAGUGGGUUCAGGACGGGGCGCAGCGCUGCAUCGUGGGCCAGGUGCGGGUCCACAUUGUGGUUCUGCUGUUCUUGCAGCUGCAGUGGACUUGCUCUCUUUGUGGGAGCAUCUUCAAACAGGACUCUUGUACCCGAAGCACCAGCAGCUGUACCUCUCACUCUGCAGUCUUCCAGGCAGAGGCAAAGGCUGCAGUGGAGGACGGAAGUGGUGAAGCUCAUGUUUGGUUCCCGUCUCACCUCACUGCGCCGCUGCUAGCUUUGGGAGCAGCGGAGUGGGAAGGACUCCAACGUUCUGUGAGAGUCAGAGGUCACGUCCGAGUGCAUCGAGGAAGGAAUGUGGUAGAUGCUGCUGACCUAGAUGACCCCCUGCUGCACUACCUGUCCUGUCUCUGCAUGUGUGCAGCUGUCUGCCGCCCUCUCACCCUCAGCUGCCAGCUGAAACACCGUUCCCAGAAAGCCCUGCAUCUCCAGGAUGGCAGCAUCCAACCAAAGAGAGUCCCCCGCGGAGACAGAGAGUUCGUCACGCGUGUUGCGUCCCCCCUGCAGCUCACCUGCACCGAGCUGAGUGAAUGGGAGCCCUGCUUGUGAUGCAGAGCAGAAGUGGACAGAGGGGCAUAGGCACAGAGAGAAGGAAGGAGGCCACCUUCAGUUCUCGCCCCUGUGGAUUCAUAGAUAUUGGAAAAUGCAUUUUUACCCCUCAGUUGUUGUUCUCUCCAUUCAUUGUAUUAAGUGGAAAAAUCAUGUGUCUUAACUGGCUCAAGUAGCUGCCCUGUUCUGCCUUCACCAUGGUGAUGUCCAUGGUUAUGGGUUCAAGUGUGGAUGUCCUCUUUCUGUAUGCCACUCUCCACUAAACACGUUUGUUUUGUAGCUGUAGUUUCUGUGUUUCUCUGUCUCAGGUGUGAUGAGCUUCAGCACAGCCAGUUGUGUGUCUCCACCUUCACAAUGUGAGCCCUUCAGUCAUCAGCACAAGAGAUGACUGACUGCUGCUCAGUCAUCUUGUACAUGAUUUUUUUUUUUUUCCCCUGUGAAACAGGCCAGAAACACUGGAAAUCUUUGUUCAAUAA